UAAUGUCAUGGUAUUUUCCUCCCCAAAUCCAGUACAUUUUAAUUAGAUACGAUGCUAAAUCAAUAGAUUUUUCAGGGCAGUUUCGCCUCGAGACCGGGCCACCUAAACUUGGCCACUUGGCAAAGGAUUACACCAUCAUCGUCCUCGAAAAUAAUUGUGUCAUUAAAAGCAUUUGUUUUAUUUUAUCUUUAAGUUUCUUUUAAGACUCGAGUAAUAAAGGACUGAAACUUUAUGGGUUAAAGUGUAAUUAUGCGUAUUGAAUAGUAUAUGUACGUUCGCUGCUUCUGCAGCCGCGCGCAUAAGCUGCCAUCUGCGAGUUCUUCGUCUUCUUCAAGUCUUAUCCCUUUCAGUCGUCCUUCUCUCCUUUCUUCCCUUUGAUCUCUGCAGCACGCUAUGUGAGCGGCGCAUCGGAGCAGAGGCAGCAGGCUAACAGUGGGGAGGGGCAUCGAUUGAUGACAACAAGGCCACAGCCGGGAGCCGAUCGCCGGAAGAGGAGCCCUAGAAGAAGAAUAGGCGCAGGAGCCGGAGGCGGCGGAGCAUGUCUUCUCUGGUGCUCCCCGGCCUGGGGCUGACCGACCACCUCGUCCCCUGUUCCCUACACCGCCAAGAUCAGGCGCCGGCGGCGAGGAAGAGACCCAACUCCAUCUUCUCGGAAGAGGAAUCCGACACCUCCAUCGGCGUCGAAUCGGAGGAGGAGGAGGAGGAGGAGGAGGAGGAGGAAAUGGAGAGCAAGGAAAGCGAUGGGGCUUUCGGCUCCUUGGAUGCCCUAGAAAACUCCCUUCCCAUAAAGAGGGGCUUGUCGAAUUUCUACUCCGGGAAGGCCCGAUGCUUCACUAACCUAGCGGAUGCGGCCAAUGCGAACGUAGCCGACCUCGCGAAGCGGGAGAACCCCUUCAACAAGCGGCGGAGACUUCUCCUGCAGGCGAGAACAACUUCCUUCAGCUCGCUCAUCGGCUCGCCUACUUCUCCGCCGCCGGUUCUCUCGCCGGACGACAGUCCCGUAGAAGUGGAGGAGGAGGAAUCCUCCUGAUCAUCAUUAAUCAACAGGACCAAAUGAUGUCGAUUUGGUCUUUUUCUUCUUUAAUAAUAAAAUUUUAAGAAAAAAAAAUUGCGAGGGUGGAUAAGGAUCAGCAGAAGUGGGGAUCUUAUCAUGUUCUACUUCCAAACCUGUUCGGAAGGAUAAAGAACGAAUUCUUAUCUGCUCCUCCUAAA